UGUCUUGAUAAGUACAUCCGAACUCUAAAAUUGGAUCCUAUUUGUUCUUCUGAUGUACCUGAUCUCCAGGAGUGUCUAUUUUCAUGCAGCAGCGAUUCCUUCACAAGCGGGGCUGAAGAGAUUGACGAAAAGGCCAAUUUUGCUCAGCUACAUCGCCUGCUUUCAGUCAGUACAGAGGGCCUUCUCGCCCCUGAGCAAUGUCCUAGCUCAUCGCAACUAAUCGUCUGUUUGCUGCCUUCGAAAAAUAGCCCCACCGAACUUCAGACAGAUCAUAAUGCUCCUCGUACACCGCUCACCACAUCACUUCUCCUUCAUAAGGUCACAUUGAUCGCCAGUUUCUUUGCUUUGCUUACCAAACAGUCUGACUCAUCGUGGCACCGAGAUAGGCUUAAAGGGUCCCUUGCAGAUCCAGAGGAAAUAAAGCCGUCACUUAACGCUAUUGACCAUUCUGCUAUCGAGCAUUCAUCAGAUGCAGAGGCUAAAUGUGAUAAAAGUCAGAUUGGAUGUGUCCUACCUUGCCAUUCUGAGGGUUUUGAUUAUUUUGCUUCCUCUACAUCCCACAAACAGACAUCUGUGAAUAUGAUGGCGCGAGAUAGUGGUAAUUAA